AUGCUCUUAUUUCUUGUUCUUACUUUAGCAGAUAAGUCUAAGCUGAAUGGUUCAGUGGAUGGCAAGCAAGAAUGUACAAAGGAUGGGAAAUCAGAUAAUAUUGCUGUUAAGACCUUCACGUUUUGUGAAUUAGCAGUUGUAACCAGGAAUUUUCGGGUUGAUUAUCUGGUUGGUGAAGGAGGUUUCGGGCGUGUCUAUAAAGGGCAGUUGGAAAAUUCUUGCCAGGUUGUUGCAAUCAAACGACUUGAUCAUAAUGGGCUGCAAGGCAAUAGGGAAUUCCUCGUUGAAGUAUUAAUGCUCAGCCUACUUCACCAUCCAAACCUUGUUAACUUAAUUGGAUACUGUGCUGAUGGAGAUCAAAAAGCACAUCCACUCUUCAAGGAUAGAAGGAAGUUCAGUGAGAUAGCGGACCCAGCUCUCCAAGGCAGGUAUCUAGCAAGGGAGUUGUAUCAAGCACUAGCGGUUGCUGCAAUGUGUGUUCAAGAACAACCUAAUAUGCGAGAAGUGCGAUUACAGUGCUAG